AUGUGGUUAUACUUAAUUUUAAGUUUGCUUGCUCUUACUAUAGGAUAUGCUUUCAGAAUUUAUUUUCGUGGAAAAGAAUGCAAAAUUAAUCGAGAUAUUUCAAAGAAAGUAAUUGUCAUAACAGGGGGAAGCAAAGGAAUAGGCUAAGAAACUAUUCGUUAAUUAGCAAAGCAUAAUUGUAGUAUAGUAUUUGGAAGUAGAACUAAACCAAUAGAAUUCUUAAAUCAUUUGAAUAAAUACUAUCCUAAAGCAACAAUUAAAUAUAUUCCAUUAGAUUUAUAAAAUUGGAAUUCUAUAAAACAAUUUAUUGAAUAAUUAAAGAUAGAAGUGAAGAAAAUAGACUUUUUAAUCAACAAUGCUGCAAUAAUGGGAACCUUAACUAGACAAUUAACAUAAUACGGUUUAGAAUCUUAAUUCGGAACAAAUUAUCUUGGGCCCUUCUAUCUAACUUAACAAUUGGUAAAUAUAAUAAUUAAAAUUAGAUACCAUUAUUAAAAUAAUCAGAAAGUCCUAGAAUAAUCAACAUAGCUUCAGUUGCCCAUACAUAUGAAGAUUUAGACUUAAAAGACAUAAAUUGCGAUAGAUGGGCUAAUAGUAUACUUUGGAGUAGAAUUUAUACUUAUAGAGCUUAUGGCAAUACCAAAUUAAGCCUUAUUAUGAAUGCUCAAGAAUUCUCAAAACGAACAGGUAUCAAAGCAUGCUCUUUGCAUCCAGGUGUUGUUAGAAGUGAAGUGUUGUAAUUUCAGUUAUCAACAAAAUGGUCGGAGUGGCUAUUAAAGAUUUUAUGGCCAUUCUUUGCCUACUUUACUAAGGAUUGUUAUUAUGGAUGUCAAACUACCCUAUAUUGUAUUAUGAUGAAUGAUGAUUAAUUCGUAGAUGGAGGUUAUUAUGAUAAUUGUUAAUUAUCUUAACCAAAAUACACUUCUAAAAAGAGAGCUGAACAGUUAUGGGAUUUUACUUUGGAUCUUAUUAAGAAAAUUGAAAAAGAGUAGUAAUGA